AUGAAGAAGUUUUGUCUUUGCUGUGUUCACACUUCCUCUUUGUUGCUGUGUUUCAGCGGUGAUCCAGAGUUCUUCCAGAGAGCGUGUUCAUUGAUCUCUGUUAGAUCCGGAGAGGAGGCCGAGCAGUUUCUCUCCCUGCUGCAGCUGCUGGGCUUCAGCCUGCUGUUAACAGGAGAGUUACGCAGGAAAACCUGCCGGUCUGUGGGGACAGUUGUCAGACUUUGUGGCUCUGAUGUAAAUCUCAUCCUCACACCAAGAAAGAUGUCUGCCAGAGGAGCCUCCCUCCUCUUUAGACGUACAACACAACUCCACAGUCUGAAGCUUUCCAUUGACAUGGCCUUGUUCAUGUGUCGAUGGGUCAGAAGAGGGACAGCGGCCUGUCGGCUGACUAUCGCAGAGCUUUCUCUCUCCUCUCAGACAGCCCAACCAUCAGAGAGAGUGUUGCUGAAGGUUGUCAGUAGUUUGGCUUCCCUGCUGAGAUACUGGUCAGUCAGCCGGUUGGACCUGACGGAGUCCUGUGUUCCUGCUCAGGGUCUCAUCCCUCUGCUGCUUCAUGAGGGUCCUCUAACAAUCAAACUGAGUGAGAAGGUUUUGCAGCUGCUACUCUCCCUCCUCCUUGAAAUCCAGGAUGAGGUCUUGACCUGUUCCUUCUUGAGUAAGGUAGGUGGAGAUCUGACGUCCUGCUGUCUGAACUGGGAGCUCCUCCACUAUCUGCUGCAGCAGUCGUCAGCUCACACCGUCACCGUGAACAUGAGGAAGAACCGCUUCUUACAGGAGAGCUUCACACGUCUGCUUCCCUUUCUGGACAGGAUUGUGUUUAAAAGACCCGGUCCCAGCUUUGUGUUGACCGCCAUCAGAGAGAUCUACAAAGCUCGAGCCAGUCCCGUUAUACCCAGUUUACUGAGGUCGUUGGAUGAUGUCAUCAACCUGACCUGCAGAGAGAUGGACUCGGAGGACUUUGCUGCUCUGCUCUUCACCCUCACACACAGCGACCGAGUUAAACUGAACCUCACGUGGACCUUCAUACCAGCAGGGGAAAUAAAGUCCAUCGUCUUCAUGCUGGACAAAGUCUCUCAUCUCAGUGUUGACAGGAAUCAGCUGCUGAUGUUGAUCCACUGCUGCGCUGCCUCUGAGGCCCAGCAGGGGGCAGCAGCCGGCCUGCUCAGGACUGUGCAGGACCGCCUGGAUCUGUCCUGCUCCUCCAGUGUGGACCUGGAUCAUCAGAGGGACUCUCUCAGUCUGACUGCUGAGGACUGCAGGGCCGUCUCCACCAUCCUGACACACAGCAGCGGAGACACACAGCUCAUCCUGCAGGACUGUGAGCUGGAGGACAGCGGCCUGGACCUGCUGUUUCCUGUCCUACACAGAGUCCGUCUCAGAGCAAGUAAAGAUGUCCUCCUCCGGCUGGUGUCCCUGGUUCCUGUGGACAGUGAGAGGGACUCAGUGAGACGGGCAGUGUCCCUCCGUACAGCCCUGGAUGGACAACUGGACCUCAGUCACAGCACCCUGGAUCAGAGGGCCUGUGGAGCUCUGGCCCUGAUGCUGGACUACAGUGACGAGCUGACAGAGCUGGACCUGAGUCACUGUGGACUCACUGACCAGCUGCUGCUCUCACUCAGCGCACAUCUGCACAAAGUCCACGUCCUGGAUCUGAGUCACAAUAACAUCACUGAUGCUUCAGUGGACAUGUUGCUCCACCUGUCCAUCGACCCGUCCACCGACACCGUGCGACUCUUCGGGAACAACAUCGUGGACCGGUCUGUCUUCAAGGAGGACAAGCGGUUUGAGAUGUGGUGAAGCAGCCGUCAGGGGGGCGCUGGUCUGUGGAAGAUCUCCUUCCACCACCUCAGGAACGUUGCUGAACUCCGUCUCCCAGUCUGUCAGAGACAGAAAAACCCCGUCCACUCCUCUGUCUCCUCACGGCGGGACUACUGAGGCGUCCUCGUCCUCAUCGGGACUUCUAGCACACACAACACAUCCAGAACAGCGGCGCUAGGAUACUGAUGAAGGUACGACAAUACGACCACAUCACACCAUCCUCUCUCUCUCCACUGGCUUCCUGUCUCCUUCAGGGUACCCAUCGGGGUAUCCAUGGAAACGCCCCUCCCCUCCUCAGAGAACUACUCACACCACGAACCUCCUGACGUUACCUCGGCUCCAGAAACCAAGCUU